UUUAACUUAAAAAGCUUCUAUUCUUCAGCUCGGACACCGCCCAUUUACAAUUCUUAUACGAUCGAAUGUUGGCGAAACAAUCGUCAGACCAAAUCGCCCCGGCGUCAACAAUUUUCCGAUGACCUCACUUCUCCGUUUCGGAUGGUUACCAAUCCAAAGGGCGGCCGUGUGUAAUUUCAGAACAUAUAAAUUGGAGAAACAGUAAGUGAGAUAAAGAAAGCAGCUGCCCUUGUAUGUCAAACCUUUUUCAAUUUUGCUGGUGGGAAUAUAUGAACAACUCAUCUAGGUUUGCAAUUUUUUAGAGUGCAGCAGGACUUGACGAUAUCUUGGAAUGGAUUCCAAGAUCAUAAUGACAAACUAUUCUCCUGGUAUAUAUGAACUUCAUAUGAAGCUUAUGGUGUGUAAUGUCAUUUUUGUUCAUGUUUUAUGUUGAACAUGAGUUCCUUUCUAAAAUAUGUACUGAAAAAUAAUUACAAGGGCAAAAAACUGGGUUCAUCUCCAAUAAUUUUUCUGACUUGUGCAAAGGAUUUUGAGUUCGACCUUCUACUUCAAAAUAUAUUAUAUAUGUGCAUAAAGUUUCUUCUGUGCAUAGAUCCUGUAGAUCCUAGUAUGAAUUUUAAGUUGUUGAAUAAUAUAUGAUCCCAUUAAGGUCUCCUCUAAUAGCUUAAGGUUUUAGAUUAGCUAAUUAUUUAACAUGGUAUUAGAGCUCGUUUUUAGGAGGGGUUUUGGGUUCGAGUCCUCCUGCCCCAUUUGUUUAAUAUAAUUAUAUGUUUGUGGGGAGUGUUGGAUAAUAUAUGAUCCGCCUUGAGGAAUUGGUUACUUAAUAAAAAUGUUAUGAAUUCUGUUACAUAUUAUAAAAUGGGAAUAAAAAACACAGAUCGAUUUUACUUUAAUGACUGAGGGUCAUCCAGCCGUUUCUUACUAUACAUAUUGCAAGGUUUCCACCAGAGCAUUGGUAACAGUAUAUAUACACACACUACGCCCUUCCUGUGGUCACAAGGAGAAAGCUGGAGUCUGGAAACCUGUGCUUUUGAGACUUAUUUUUUUUCUCACUGGUCAUAGUCUCAUAGAUGGCCAUAGUAUAUGAUUUUACGGUGACUUUUUGACUCUUUAAUAGGGUGUGAAGAAGCAACUAUUGUUGCAGAAUAUAUGGAAAUACUAUCCAAGCGAGUAGAACUCGUGAAAUCAUGUAAUUAGACAACAUUGGGGGUAAAUAAUGUGUAGAUUAUGUAAUUAUUAAUGACAUUCCAUGAUGGGACCGAAAAAGAAGUGUUCUCUAUACCAGUCUUUCAUGUGCCGCAAGCGUUUUUGUUAUCGCUCUUACACGUGUCCUCUUUACUACUUUUAGACUCAUUCACUUGUUUACAACUCUCAAGUCUCAAAUGUUCUCAAUAUAUCUCGUGCCUCUUCAAACCUGUCUAUCUUUGUAAUUUAAGUUGGGUGUUUAUCAAAACAUAACAAAAAAAAAUGUCGGGCAAACGAUCAAGAGUAGGCUCCUCAUCAAACUUCAUAGAGAAACAGCUUUUCAACCACAAGUCCUUGCCGGCUAACUAUGAAAAGGAAGUGCCUGGUGCAUCUUCAUAUGUCAGGAAGCCGGCGAAAUGCCUUAAACCGUCACUUGGUGAAGGCAACAAAGAACAAUCAUGGAAGAACACGGUUCUGAAGUCUACAGCACAUGAGAGUAUAUCUGGUGGCUUGGGAUCAUUUCUGAAGAAUUGCUACUACUGCAAGAAAUUGAUCGAUCAGGGUAAAGACGUGUAUAUGUACAGGGAUCUCUGUGCAUUUUGCACUGAAGACUGCCGUAGUCUCCAAAUAGAGCUUGAUGAGAAGAGUCAGAUGCAGUCUGCAAAAUCAGGAGGGGUGGUUCAGGAACAGGAUCUGAUAGUUCUCGAUAAUGGUUCUUUUGUGGUAAAACAUUGAGCUUGCCAAUGGUCUCAGGCUACAAGUGCUUCACAUCCCAUUCAGUGUUGUAUUUUCAUGAAGUAGCCCGAAUCCAUUGCGUAAGAGUCAGUGUUGUCUAGUUUUUCUUUGUGUUUCAUUAAGCUUAAUAAUGAGGUUUACCUCGGAUACUUUUGAGGUAUUACUAUGAACAUCUGAAACUUUUAGCUACUUAAUCGAGUUACAGCUAUCUGUAUGUCUCGAAUAAGUUUGAAGUGACAUUUUCUUCAUUAUAGCUCUGUUGUUGAAGUACCUUGUUUAGAA